CAUAUAUUACCAUGGUUGACACCCGGAGUGGGAAGAGCACUAGCCCCCAUACCCAGGAACAGCAAGAGAAGAUGGUCGCCUUAGUGAGAGAGAAUAAAGAGAGAAAAGAGCUCCUGAAGCAGGCGAAACUGAAAGCAAUCGCAGAGGAGAAGGCGACGAAGAUGUCGAAACUAGAAGAAGAAAUGGAGGAGAAGAAAAAGGCUACCGAGGAAGAAGCAGCAGCAGAAGCGGAGGAGGAGAGAAAACGCAGGGAAAUAAAAGGGGAAAGUAGUGGCACGACAAAUGACGAUGCAGCAAUGGAGAAAAAAAUUAGUGAGUGGAUUGCUAAUUUAUCGUUGGGGGAAGAUGAGGAGGUAGAGUUUUAUGUGCCCCAGGACGAGAGGGAUGCGUUAGCCAGUGAGCUUGCAGCAAUCGAGGACCCCCUGGAAAGGCAAGAAGUAGAGGAGGAGAAGAAGUUGGAGUGGAAACUGAGGAUGAAGAGAGAAAAGAAGAGGAGGAGGGAGAAAGUUAAUAGGUUGACCGCAGAGGUGGCAAAUGUGAGGGAUUGUAGACAGGAAGUGCAGGCAAAGACCGACAUGUCUGCCAAAAUGGAUAAGAUGCUGGGAUAUUUGGAAGUGUUGAGUGCGGCUUGGAUGGAGGAGCGCCAAGCCAAUUGGGGUCACGAUGUGGCCCUGAAGGUCAUGCGAUCAGGAUUUCAGGAUUUUCCGCGUGAUAUGGUCACCCACGUUGGGGGCGAAGUUAGGCGGUUGAGAGACAACGUGGGAAAGUUUUGUGAGGGCGCUAUUAAGAGUGGCAAAGCGGUAGCCACUGUUGAGAGCGAGGCCAAACCUCGUAAAGAGCCCGUCAAGCUAGUUCCCAGACGCAUACGGCGGGAAAAAGGAAGAGAAUUUUGAUAACAGGGAAGCGAGCGUUAAUAGUGUCAUAUACAUAGAGCACAUCUUGACUGAGGAGCAAGUCCCCGUCGCCUUCCUGACCCUCAAGGACAAAGC